AUGGGCGGGCAGCAGAACUACUUCCUGCUGGCGGUGGUCCGUGGGAACCUGAGCAUCCAGACGAGCCGCGGGGACAGACAGAUCCUCGUCACCUCUGGGCCCAAGAUCAGUGACGGGGAGUGGAAAAAGGUGAGGUCCUGAACCGUAUCCUCUAAAUGACUUUGUGACAGUAGGCUAUGUUAUAACCAUAAUAACAUAAUUACCAUGUGGAUAAUGUACAGGUAACUGACAAAAUAAAGGAAACACCAACAUAAAGUGUCUUAAUAGGGUGUAGGACCACCACGACAGCUUCAAUGCACCUUGGCAUAGAUUCUACAUGUGUUUGGAACUCUAUUGGAGGGAUGUGACACCAUUCUUCCACGAGAAAUUCCAUAAUUUGGUGUUUUGUUGAUUGUGGUGGAAAACGCUGUCUCUGGCGCGCUCCAGCAUCUUCCCAUAAGUGUUCAAUGGCGAACGUGCUGAUGUCAGAAUUCACUAUCCACUGAGUUUUUAAACUAUGGCGCGCAAAUAUUGUUCAAUGUGCCAAUAAAUCAGCACAAUCUACUUUUUCAUUUUUUCUGAUUGCCAGCGUCUUGAAACUAAAAUUGGGAUCAUGUUUACUGUGCUAAUGAACACACAAGAAAAAGAGAAAUGGAUAAUGUACAAUAAGAGAUAUUUGUGGUAAGUGCAUGGGGGCCGCCAUCUUUAUGCACCUCUGCUAUUGGGUUGAGAUCUGGUGACUGAGACAGCCAUGGCAUAUGGUUUACAUUGUUUUCAUGCUCAUCAAACCAUUCAGUGACCAUUGGUGCCCUGUGGAUGGGGGCAUUGUCAUCCUAUGGAGGCAUAGCCAUGGUAGCCAAAAUAAUGGCCUGCCCAGCAUUUUUAUGCAUGAUGGGAUGUUAAUUGCUUAAUUAACUCAGGAACCACACCUGUGUGGAAGCAACUGCUUUCAAUAUACUUUAUAUCUCUCAUUUAGUCAAGUGUUUCCAUUAUUUUGUCAGUUACCUGUGAUAGCCAUGCAAUAGCAGUGUAAUAACCAUGUGGGCCAUGUAAUAACAAUGUCAAUACAAUAUAAUACCCACAUGGGCUAUGUAUUAGUGAUCAAAUACCAAUGUGAGAGCUGAGAUAGGCAACGGCGUCCUGAGAAUCUCCAUCAGAGACCUGAUCCCAGAUAGCCGAGUUACCCUGGGGGUGAGUCUAAGUCUUGUUACCCCCCACCUGACUGACAGGGAGUAGAAUGGGAGCAUGUGAGAGGACCCAUGGGAAGGAAUGUGUGUCUGGAGAGGUGUUAGGACAUAACAGGGACACAGCAGGGUUACAGACAGGCUGGAGGUGGGGGUGAGAGAUAAUAAAGGUGUAGAAGGGCGGGGUAGUGCUAGCAUGUUGUGAGAGGUUUUUGAAGGGAGUUUGGGUCUGCACAGUAAAGGUUAGGACCUUUACAUUCCAUGGUUAGGAGCAAUAGUAAUAAAAACGUAGGGUUGCAGAUGGGGUGGGAGUGUGGUGGGACAUUAAGAGAGAGAGUGAAGGGGUAGUUGUCAAAUGUGAAGAGAGGUUUUUGGAGGAAAAUGUGUGUCUGCAGAGGGCUUGGGAACCAUUGUAAUAAGUACACUGGGGUUGCUUCCCAAAUUACACCCUAUUCCCUAUGUAGUGUACUACUUUUGACCUAUAAAUGGAAUAGGGUGCCAUUUGGGACAGCCUGGGUUGCAGAAGAGGAAGGGCAUAGGGUAGAACAUUGAAGCCUUGCUAGUUGGACACUAACUACAGUGGGGGAAAAAAGUAUUUAGUCAGCCACCAAUUGUGCAAGUUCUCCCACUUAAAAAGAUGAGAGUGGCCUGUAAUUUUCAUCAUAGGUACACGUCAACUAUGACAGACAAAAUUUGAUUUUUUUUCAACAGAAAAUCACAUUGUAGGAUUUUUAAUGAAUUUAUUUGCAAAUUAUGGUGGAAAAUAAGUAUUUGGUCAAUAACAAAAGUUUCUCAAUACUUUGUUAUAUACCCUUUGUUGGCAAUGACACAGGUCAAACGUUUUUUCUGUAAGUCUUCACAAGGUUUUCACACACUGUUGCUGGUAUUUUGGCCCAUUCCUCCAUGCAGAUCUCCUCUAGAGCAGUGAUGUUUUGGGGCUGUCGCUGGGCAACACGGACUUUCAACUCCCUCCAAAGAUUUUCUAUGGGGUUGAGAUCUGGAGACUGGCUAGGCCACUCCAGGACCUUGAAAUGCUUCUUACGAAGCCACUCCUUCGUUGCCCGGGCGGUGUAUUUGGGAUCAUUGUCAUGCUGAAAGACCCAGCCACGUUUCAUCUUCAAUGCCCUUGCUGAUGGAAGGAGGUUUUCACUCAAAAUCUCACGAUACAUGGCCCCAUUCAUUCUUUCCUUUACACGGAUCAGUCAUCCUGGUCCCUUUGCAGAAAAACAGCCCCAAAGCAUGAUGUUUCCACCCCCAUGCUUCACAGUAGGUAUGGUGUUAUUUGGAUGCAACUCAGCAUUCUUUGUCCUCCAAACACGACGAGUUGAGUUUUUACCAAAAAGUUAUAUUUUGGUUUCAUCUGACCAUAUGACAUUCUCCCAAUCCUCUUCUGGAUCAUCCAAAUGCACUCUAGCAAACUUCAGACGGGCCUGGACAUGUACUGGCUUAAGCAGGGGGACACGUCUGGCACUGCAGGAUUUGAGUCCCUGGCGGCGUAGUGUGUUACUGAUGGUAGGCUUUGUUACUUUGGUCCCAGCUCUCUGCAGGUCAUUCACUAGGUCCCCCUGUGUGGUUCUGGGAUUUUUGCUCACCGUUCUUGUGAUCAUUUUGACCCCACAGGGUGAGAUCUUGCGUGGAGCCCCAGAUCGAGGGAGAUUAUCAGUGGUCUUGUAUGUCUUCCAUUUCCUAAUAAUUGCUCCCACAGUUGAUUUCUUCAAACCAAGCUGCUUACCUAUUGCAGAUUCAGUCUUCCCAGCCUGGUGCAGGUCUACAAUUUUGUUUCUGGUGUCCUUUGACAGCUCUUUGGUCUUGGCCAUAGUGGAGUUUGGAGUGUGACUGUUUGAGGUUGUGGACAGGUGUCUUUUAUACUGAUAACAAGUUCAAACAGGUGCCAUUAAUACAGGUAACGAGUGGAGGACAGAGGAGCCUCUUAAAGAAGAAGUUACAGGUCUGUGAGAGCCAGAAAUCUUGCUUGUUUGUAGGUGUCCAAAUACUUAUUUUCCACCAUAAUUUGCAAAUAAAUUCAUAAAAAAUCCUACAAUGUGAUUUUCUGGAGAAAAAAAAUCUAAUUUUGUCUGUCAUAGUUGACGUGUACCUAUGAUGAAAAUUACAGGCCUCUCUCAUCUUUUUAAGUGGGAGAACUUGCACAAUUGGUGGCUGACUAAAUACUUUUUUCCCCCACUGUAUAUGAAAGAUAGUGAGACUGUCUGUGGAGAUGGGAGUUAACCAGGGAUCUGUCUGGUUCUCAUAACGUGAGAUUUGCUUCUCUAAUCUGUGUGCAAUGAUAACCACUGUGCUCUUGCCAACACCAAUAAUGAUUUUCCCAGCUGGACCGCACAGCCUGAGACAGUUUUCUGACACCAACUUUCUCACCAUUAUAAGAACAACAGGAUCAAAGCAGAGCUCAGAGUUCAACUCCUGAGAGAGCAUGAACUGUAGUUCAUAUCAUUUUAAUAUUGUAUUUUAUACCCUACACAAACAGCACGUGUCUGUUCUUCGAACGCACCCACUGUCCCUCUGAAUUAAACUAUUUUGCAAUGGACAAAUAAAAACAAUAAAAACAAGAAAGAGCAGUGCUAUGUAGUGAAGGGCAAUCACAUGGGGCUUGUUUUUCUAUACCAUUUCCUCUGUCUGUCUGUCUGUCUGUCUAGCUGAACACUCCUCUGGAUGGCUGCAUGCGGAACUGGGACUGGGUCAGACAGAACUCGAGCAUCCUGGAGUGGACCCUGCAGGAUUCCAAGGUGCAGAGGUGCUGGGUCCUACUUUCCUAGAGUCGGCUCUGUUGGCUUCAACCCUCUAGGUAGGCCACCUCAGUUCCCCGUCACAUGACAAGGGACAGGAUUUUUUUCUGAUCACGCACCCUGACAGGGAAAAAUUCUGGUCCCUAUAUUUUAGGUCCUUGGAAACAUUUAGGGGUAGUUUACCUUAAUAUAAGUAUUUUUUGGUCUUAAAAUUAAACAAUGAAAACUUGGGACUGAAAAAUGUUGGAAACAGUUCUGUUUCAAAAUCUUAAAUAUUGCAAUAUUGUCAACAAUAUCACUCCAAAAUACUUGUUUGACUUAGAAUGAAAGAUUUUGGUAAAGAAGUUUCCAACUAUUUUUUGUCAUAGUUUUCAUUCUCCCAUUCCAUGCAUCUUUUCCAUAGAGCCUGUAUUUGAAUUCUAAGCGGAACACAGAACUUCUCUCACGGGAAGAAAACAAUUAAGAUUGGUAAAAAAUGUGUAAACCUACCACUUUAAGAAUGGAUCCCUGGUUAACUCCCAUUUCAUUUACAUAAUUUAGAGGAUGCUCUUAUCCAGAGUGACUAAUAGGAGCAGGAGCAAUUAAGGUUAAGUGCUUUGAUCAAGGGCACAUCGACAGAUUUUCCACCUUGCCUGCUCAGGGAUUCGAACCAGUGACCUUUCGAUUACUAGCCCAACGCUCUCACUGCUAGGCUGCCUGCCGUCUCCACAGAGAGUCUCACAUGCUCCCAUACUGUAGCUACUGUCCCAUGGUAUUUCAUUAUUUUCAUUACUUCAAUAACAUCUGAAGCUGAAGUUUAAGUACUUGGAUCAGGUGCUUUCCUUAUUUUGUCAGUAACGUAAAAAGCGUGAAGACAUUCAAUGGUCUGUAAAAGGAACACUGCAUGGUUGUAUGAACAAGGAAGUGCACGGGUUAGGGUGCAGAGUGAUAUGUAUGGGAUGUUUGUCUUUGUGUCUGCAGUGCUGCUGGGAAACUCUUCAGCUGAGCCAGAUGUUGCAGACUGGACUCUCUCUGUGGAGCUAGCUCUCAGAACGGUUUUAGGCAGAGGCUUUCUCUUCAUCCUCGUAGAACGACUACAUCCUCUCCUUGAAACUCAACCACCCUUCACAGGUAACACACCGGAACUAUACAGCCUCACGACCCAACUGAUCUGGACCAGCUCUUUGUUAUGUUAUAGUCUCUAUCUUCUGUCAUUCCUUCACUAUUACUGCUUUGGAAAUGCUUAUGAACUUUAAGAAUGGCACAAUGUCAAAUCCUAACAAAUGGCAAAGAGAUGGCAAAGAGAUGGCAAAGAGAUGUGGUCCUCUGUAGCUCAAUUGGUAGAGCAUGGCGCUUGUAACGCCAGGGUAGUGGGUUCGAUCUCCGGGACCACCCAUACGUAAAAAUGUAUGCACACAUGACUGUAAGUCGCUUUGGACAAAAGCGUCUGCUAAAUGGCAUAUUAUUAUUAUUAUUAGAUGGCCAACACACGCACACACACAGAUACACACUCAUACACGCUCAUUCACACACACAUUUACACAGGUCACUCAAAUACACACGCACGCACGCACACUCCCACAGACACACACACACACACAUUCACACAGCAGCAGGUCGCAAACAAGUCACACACACACACACUCCUGCCUCCAUAGAGUCUGGGAACUGACUUGAUUAGCCCAAUGCUCACAUGUUGUGAUGUCAUGCAAAAUGACAAGCAUGAAGAGGUCAAACUUUCCGAAAGAGGCUUUGUUCAAAUUAUGUCACUGUCAGUAUGCCAUACUUUAAGAUGAUUUAGCUACUGGAAAUCCCCCCAAAUAUCUAUGUGAACAGAUCUCUGUUGGACUUCAACACACAUUCUUUGUGCUGUAUGGAACAAACCCUGACUUUGACCUUUUACGUCUAUCUAGGGCACAAACAGAUGUGUUGCUUUUUCCUGUUGCAGAUUGUUCUGUUGAUACCGAUUGUUGAUCUGGCAUCCGCUGCCUCUCUUUAUGAAAUUUGUUUCCAAAUGACAAUGUGUUGACAAUUUUUACAGACCAAUGGAGAUCCUUUUUAAACCCAAAUGAAGCAUUACCUCCAAUCCCUAUCCAAACACAGCCUUAUGGGGUGAUAUAAUGCAAAUCUCUCCUGGAUAAGUUUGGAUUCAUCCAUCGUUUGUGUUUCCUGUGCCCUAGGAACUGAUGCUGCGUUUGAGGGGGACUCUAUUCUGGUCACACAGCUACACCCAGGCCCUCUGCUCAGGUGAGAGUCAGUUCCUGCAGCUGCAGGUGAGGCCAGCUGGUGAUUGGCAUGGGCGUAACCAAGGCAACCAUGAAGUUGACCGAUUGGGACUACGAGCUCCUGAAGAGAGUGUUGAGCCAACCAGGGAGCAUGGUGUACCUGGGGGGCGGACCAGGUGAGCAUUGAGUCUCAAAUGACACCCUAUUCUCUACAAAGUGCACUACUUUAGGCCAGAGACUUUUCUCUUCCAAUCCUAUUCGUGCUGUCUUCCCACAACAACUGAUCCUAUUCCUCCUACUCUUUCACUAUUCUACUCUUACACACUUAAGAAGGCCGCAUAGCCGAAACAUCUGUGUACGCUAUCCCUGAUGCAGUGAAAAUAAUAACAUAAAAAAUGAAGCAAGCUUUAUGCAACAUAUUUUUAAGUGCAGACCCAUCACACCUUUUUACUAUUCUACUCUUCCCUCACUCUCUCACCCUCAAUCUUUCCCCUUAUUUCCAGCUCUCUCCCACCUUCGUUUCACCUCAUUCUUAUUUUUUCAUUCUUUCCCACAUACCAUGUCCCAGCAUCAUUCUCUCUAUCUCCUCUCCAUUUAUUGUCCACUACUAAUUGUCCUUCCACUUUGCAUAAUUUCAAUCCACAUCUCCUCUCCAGUAGUUUCCUGGAUCACCUCACAAAUCAGAUAAGCAAAUUUUCCACAUUUCACCCCAGAAUGACCAUAUGCUUCCAGGUCAUGUGGCGACAUAUAACCAAUAAAAAAAAGGGUGAAAGCUGGACACACCCUCUGGACACAGUCAAAGGUCAGAGAGAGGCCCCGUUCAAGUGAUUGAAUUGUGCAUUCUUCCUUCCUCCUUUAAAUUAUGCUUGCAAGGACCGCCCUACGUGGCUUUCAUCUGUCCAGUAAUGUCUAAUCAGUGAUUACUUUGAUGAAGGGAGGAAGGAAGGAUGCACAAUUCAAUCACUUGAACGGGGCCUCUGUCUGACCUUUGACUGUGUCCAGAAGGUGUGUCCAGCUUCCACGGCUGUCUCCAGGCCAAGAUCCAGGGUGUCAAUGUCGACCUUGACCUGGCAGAGGUCAAACAUGGGGAUGUCCGCUCUCACAGCUGCCCUGCCGCCCUCGACGUCCGAGAUGGGAAGUAA